AUGCCCUCGGGAAAGACGGUCAAGCUCAUCCUGUACGAGGGGCUGCAGUUUGCGGCCCUCAUCGUGCCCAUCUUUGUGGUAAUGGAGAGGUUCGCCGGCCUCAUGCGUGACGUGAGGGGACGGGAUCAGACGGCCUACUGGCUCGUGGUGGCGGCGUCCAUCGCCUACGUGACCUCUGCGGUGCUGCUGGUGUGGGUUCCUCUGAAGUACCUGGUGCUGAGGCGGCGGAGGUUCAGCUCAGAGAACCAACAGUGGAGACCAACAGCGCUGGCGUAUCUCGUCCUGUGCACUUUCCCGUGCUUCGCCAUUUUAAUUGCCAGCUCCAAGGUGCAGGUGGACAGAGGACUCAGGCUGGACCACUUCACCGAGUUGCCCGUCUCCUUGGUGCUCGUCUCCCUCAUCUGUGUGGAUAUCAUCGAGAGAAUUCGCCACUGCAGGCUCAUCGGACCAUCAGACAGCUUGGAUUCUGACUUUGACAUGCCGGGCCCCGUCCUCCUCCAGCUGGACCAGGUGACCACUGUGACAGCUCAGCUGCCCGCCGAUGACGGCCAGGACGGUUCAACCCAAGGCCAGCCGGAGGCCAAGAACGGCGGCCCCCCAGGCAGAUGGCAGGACCUCGCCGGCUCACCCGGCCGCUCAACAUUUAGCUCACGAGCACCCAGCGCUGCCUACCUGUACACCUCGCGCCGAAGGUCCUCCUCCGGCCCGCUGGGCUUCCUGUGGAGGAGGGACGGGAGGUCGGAGGUGUUUGUGGAUAGCUUCCUGUUCUGGCUCGACACGGUGGAGAUGGUGAGAGUGGCGGGGGAGCCGUCGGUCUUCUACUCGGCCUGGGUGUUCCCCGUCUACAUCCUCGCCUUCGUGUCGACCCUCCGCCUGGCCAUCGCUCCUCACAACCCGUUGCUGUGUUCUGCUGGAUUCGCUCUGCAGGAGCUUCCUUUCUUGGUCCUUCGGGUCUCUCUCAUCGUCGUGUUCGGUUUUGUAACUCCCGUGUUGUACCCUUUAAAAAAUGUGCUGGUGAGCCUGACUUUCAUCUACUUUACAUUCCUGAGCAAGCUGAGGAUUUUCAAAAGGCAGAGCAUGUUUUGAGUGGCAGAAAGAUCUCCUCUGAUUGUGGGUGGUUGAACAGUCGGGAGCAGAGCCAGAGAACCGGUACUGAUGUCCAACAUAAUGCCGCGUAUGCAUCAUAUGGCCAUUCAUCCAAAUCAAAGUGUGAAAAUUAUUCUGGAUGUUUCUUUCUUAAUUUUUUUGGAAUCUGUUUGUUGAAGUGGACAAUAGCUGUCAUUUGUCUUUCACAUUUUAUUUAUUGAUACUUAAUUUUUUUUUUAAAUCUGU